AUGGACAGCGGCGGCGAGGAGCCCCCGGCGGACGACGACGAGGGGCCCGUGUGCGAGAUCAUCAAUGACGGCGCCCCGGGCGUUCCUCAGAUCCCCGAGGUGCUGGGGGGCAGGGUGGUGGGCGGCGACCGCCGCAUACCGUCCUACGGCGGGGACUAUCGCUACGCCAGGGAAGACAAGGGCGUCGAAGUGCAGCUGCUGCUGUUCGAAUCGUUCGGCGGGUUCGGAAAGGGGGUCCGUGAGAUCCUCAGGAAGGCGGCGGACGUACUACAGAACAAGCUGACGCGGGCCCAGUACCUCGAUGAGGUGACUUGGACCACCAAGAGCUGGCUGGGGCUGCAGAAGCAGCGCAUCUCAGUCGUUCUUCACACGGCAAUCGCAGAGCAGAUUGUGAAUGAGCUUGCCUGUGGCGGGGGUGGGCGGGUGCACGGAGCUAAGUGCCUCGCCACCCUCGCAGGAGUCGCUUAG